UUGAAAAUCAAGAAUUCAAGAGCCAAAAGCGAGCCGCGAGAGAUGGCCCAUUCUGCUGCUACUCUUCUUCUUCUGUUCUUUUAUCUUUCGAUCUCCUCAUGCUCGACCCAUGUAAUAACAUUCAAAGGUAUCGAUGCGGAAAACCCAGUUGUUGAUAUCACCCCAUCCUCCUUCCCUGUUCCUACAUCAACCAAUCAUGGUUCUAAAGAUGUUUUAUUGUGUGGACGUGUUCGAGUUGGUGGUGGUGUAUCAAGAUUGAAGCUUAGGAGUUACGCCAAUGCAUAUCGAGUUACUUUGGCUCCAUCAGUUCUUAUUCCCGAAACAUUACACAGCAAAAUUCAGAUUUGUUUCCACCGGAAUGCUUCCCUUGGAUUAUGUCAAUGUGAGAAGGAUAAGUGGAGUUCUGUCCGGAAAGGGUUGUGGAGCUCUGUAAUGUCACCUUAUGAGGAAAGAUACAUUGAUGUGAAGUUUGUUGGUGAAGUUUCUGGUUCUGUCACUGUCACUGUUGAAGAAGAGUUUCAAAGAUGGCGUCUGAUUUGUCUUGCCCUGGGACUUGUUUUACUUCUGUUGGCUCCAAGUGUCAGCAGUUGGGUUCCGUUUUAUUAUAGCAGUUCAAUGGCCAUUGGAGUUUUACUUGUCAUCAUUAUCCUUCUUUUUCAGGGAAUGAAAUUAUUACCAACUGGCAGGAAAAAUGUCUUCUACCUCAGUAUUUAUGGAUCAGUGCUUGGAGCAGGAUCUUUUCUGUUACACCACUUGUCCCUGUUGGUGAAUUCAAUUCUUGUCAAUUUUGGGCUGAGUGAAGAGAUGCACAACCCUGUAUAUGUAGUUGUACUUGUCUUGAUUAUCAUUGCAGAAGCUGCCCUAGGGUACUGGAUUGUGCGGAAAUUUGUAAUUUCAGAAGAUGGAAGUGUGGAUGUUGGCAUAGCUCAGUUUGUUAAAUGGGCAAUGCGCAUUAUUGCAGCCACAUUUAUUUUCCAGAGCUCUCUUGAUACUCCUUUGGCAUUGGUGGCGUUUAUUCCUUGUUUGGCUAUUUGCUUCCUAGCCACUUCUCCAAGAUGGCGUGAUUCAAAGUAUUCUAGCUGCGUGAGUCCUCGGCUGCGGAGUGGUGGAUGGGGAACUGCAAAACCCAUAUCUGCUGAAUUGUUUAGCAGGUCAAAGGACACGGGUGCUCAAGGAACAUUGUGGAACAGCCCAAGAAGUUCGCCUGGUUUGUUAUCGCCUUCCAGCAGCGGAGGGACUAGAAAUCAACAGGACUACUACUCAACAUUCCACAGGACACCUAAUCGAAAGAGGUUCUCAAUCAAAGAGUGGAGGGAAUUCACACAGGAUUCAACUCAUCAAGCUGUGGCUGAGUUGGCUUCCUCUCCGGAGUUCACUGAUUGGAUGAUUAAGCAUGCUGACAGAAUACAACUCCUUCCAGAUGACAUUUCAGAUGAAACGAGCAGAAUGCCGAAUUCUUCAGAUGAGAAUACUGUAGAGAGCAGAAACUGGCUUGGGUUUUUCUAGUUGCGCUGAUGAGAGUAGAUUAUUGGACACUUAUGAACUGCGGAAGUGUAUCAGGUUCCUCAGAUGAGAAUGCCUGUAAAUAGAGAAGUUACAUGUAGCUAAGAGUAGAUGUAACAUGAGGGUAAUAGAUAAGGUAGAAGUUGUGUUUUCCAUUUUUAUGACAUACCUUACUGAUCUGAUGAAUUAUUAUAGAGCUUUAUGUUGUCAUUUUUGUAAAA